AUGGUUUCUAAAUACUUCCAUCUGCCUAUGAAUCAAGCGGUGAAAGAGUUAAAGAUUAAGGAAGCUUCUUUGAAGAAGAUAUGUAAGAAGGUUGGAAUUGAUGAAUUGCCAUAUAAGAAGCUGCGUACCUUGGAGCGAUUAGCAAAAAAUGUCGAAGGGAAUACUGAUCAUAGAGAAAUUAUAAAUGAGCUAGAAAAUCAAAGGGAGCAAAUGUUAAAGGAUCCUAAUCUUCAAUCAGCCAUGAACCACUUAAGUACGGAAGAAAAUCUUAUGGCAUCAAGUGGUAUACUUGUACAGGAAAAUACAUUUCCAGUUGCAAGUAACGCAAGUGUAGGAGGGAAUAUGACUACAGAUUCUAUAGUUGUAGAAAGGAGUAUGAUUGAAACUCUUGCACAUAGGCAGCGGAAGAAUACGCGAAGAACUUUUCGUGAUUCAUCCACAAUAAGCAAGGAAAUGAUUUCCAAAUAUUUCCAUCUGCCUAUAUAUCGAGCCGCCAAGGAACUGAGAGUUGGGUAUACGAUUUUGAAGGAAAGGUGUAGAGAAUUAGGAAUCUUUAAAUGGCCAUAUCGACAGUUAGUGAGCUUGGAAAAGCUAUCAGGAAAAGCUCAGGUAUUUAGUAACAUCGAAAAUGACCAUGACAUAAAGGAAGCAAUGAAGGAACUAAAAAGUAGAAGGGAAAUGUUGCUAAGCGAUCCGAAUUUGAAGUUGAAUCCAGCAGAUAUUAGGCUCAGGGAUUCAUGUACCAGAAAGAUAAAGUAUAGGGAGAUGAUGAGUCUUCUUCAUUCUCCCACCCUUCCUAUACAUCCCCUUCAUAUUCCUCCAUUAAUUGUUGAUCCUGCCUUGCCGUUAACUGUUGAUCGACCUUCACUUGCGACAGAAGAAGACGAAUCGUUUAAACUUUUGCUUGAUGGCUUUUGA